AUGGGCGACCGGCUCACCCAAUUGCAAGACGCGGUGGACCAGCUUGCGCAACAGUUCGUUGCUAGCAUCCACUACGUCAAUCGACACCACAACCUCGAAACGCUGGGCCCAUUAGAUCAAGUCCGCGAAGUGAACAAGGAGCCGCAUGAGAUGGAGGUCGAUCCACAUCCAGCCGAAGUCUUCAAAGCAUCCCAGGUCGAGCUGGCCCAGGAUCUUAUCACGAAGGAGCAACAAAUCGAAUACCUCAUAUCGAUCCUGCCCGGGCUCGACAACAGCGAACAGGACCAAGAGCGAAAUAUCAAGGAGCUCGAGGAGGAGCUCAAGACCGCCGAGGCUCAACGGCUGGAGGCCAUCGGGGAACGGAAGCAAAUUAUGAGCAAGCUAGACGAGGUGAUCAGGAGUAUACGACGACCUUGA